GAAAAAAACAGCCCUCAGGAAAUCUCUGCUCCUCCCGAUCUCCCGUCCAAAAGAAAAACGCAGCGACAAGUCGCUCCUGUCGCCUAGCCCCUCGCGCGCGCUAGGGUUCCUCACGCCGCCGUCGCGGCCGCCGCUGCAUGGGUGUUCGUCGACUGGCCCUGCCUCCGGCGGCCGCCAUCGCCCACCCCCAUCCUCUCCCCAACCCCGCCGGCCUCCACUCCACUCCACUCCUCCGCAGGCGCCACCCAACCGCCGCCGCCCUCUCCCCACACCCGCACCCAAGGACGAGAGAGAGAGAGAGAGAGAGAGAGAGAGAGAUGGCUCAGCCGGCGGCCAGAUCCGCCCCUCCCACUCACCCAACUCUCUCUCCGUCGCCGCCAUCUAGGCCGGCCGAUUCCGGGGGCGCGCAGAACACUCCUCCUGUGCUCGCCUCGCGCCGCUGCGUCCACCCAUGGAGAUGAACUCCCCUCGAGCAGGGCCGUUUGAUUCUUGGCAGGGAAGAAGCUAUUUGGGCUGAAUCAGAUUAGGGAAGAAGAAGAAGAAGAUGGAUCAAUACGAGGUGCUGGAGCAGAUUGGGAAGGGCUCCUUUGGCUCUGCGCUCCUGGUGAGGCACAAUGUUGAGAGGAAGAGGUAUGUCUUGAAGAAGACCCAGGUCGCCCGUCAGACCGUCAGGUGCCGGCGAUCCGCGCACCAAGAGAUGGAGCUCAUCGCAAAAGUAAGGAGCCCUUACAUCAUGGAAUACAAAGAUUCUUGGGUGGAGAAGGGGUGCUAUGUGUGCAUCGUGAUCGGUUACUGCGAGGGAGGGGACAUGCUAGAGGCCAUUAAGAAGGCUAAGGGCAACCAUUUCUCGGAGAAACUCUGUGUGUGGCUUGUGCAGCUCCUGAUGGUGCUUAAUUACUUGCAUGCCAAUCAUAUCCUUCAUCGAGAUGUCAAGUGUUCAAAUAUAUUUCUUACAAAGGACCAAAGUAUACGGAUCGGUGAUUUUGGGCUGGCUAAAGUGUCGACUUCUGAUGAUUUUAGCUUCGUCAACACAACAGAUGCUUCUUCAUCUCACUGGUCUCUAGAGGAAGGAAGAGAUAUUGUCUGAAGCAAAUGAGUGCCUUAGAAGAAAAGAAAAUGAGGAGUUCAAUUGUUUCCCCAAAUUUCCUUCCACGAUUUUGUAACCCUUUGCAGAAUCGCAUGGGGAGGUUCGCAACAUUGUCUACUCAUCUGAUAGGAAAUCAGUAUCUAUUGUCUAUCAUGUGAUUAUGGAACUGAUGCAGAGUACCCUUCUUUGCAUGGGAGUUAUAUGUGGUUCAGUUUGCAGAAUCUUGUUUGGUUUUACAUUGAUCUUGCAUGCUCAGUUUUUGGGCGUAUAACCAGUUUGUAGGUCCUACUAUUUGAUCUGUGGACGUGACCAAUGAGGGCAUGGAGAUUAUGGCGAGGCAUGGUGAUGCGGUGGCAGUGGUGAAGGUAACCACAUCGAAGGCAGCGGCAAUGGGUGGUUGUCGAUGAAAGCAACAUGGGGAUGGGGGAGGUGGAGAGGCGAGGGAUGGAGGCGGAGGACGGCAGCCAGGGAGACGGAGUGGCAGUGAGAUUGGACGAGCUCGCCUGCGGAGUGCGUGGGCAAGAUUUCAUUUCCGGGUUGGACGAGGGCUUCUUUGUUUGUGUGUGUGUGCAUGUGUGAGUUCACACCGAUACUCGACCAAAUAUUGUGCAUGGUUAUCUGAAAUUCUAGACAAUAGUUCACAUCCCAGUGGCAGAAGUUGAUGCUCCAUCUUGUUAUUCAUUUCCUGGGAUCAUUUCUCGAGGAAUGUACGGAUUUCUCGAAGUGACGCAAUGCUAUGAUCUUCAACCAUGAAAAUGAAACUGUCAGCGCUGAUGGCCUGCUCCUGUGAUCUCAUAGCUUCACCAAUGGUGAUAGCAUUGUGUCAAGGAGCAGGUGGAGAGGGAGAAAGAGAAAGGGAGAAUGGAAGCCAAGUGAUAGACAAAGAGAGUGAAAGGUAUUUGGUUCAAAAUAUAUUUUUCUACUGUUAACCGAUAGCAUGGAUAUCACUAUUCAUCAUGAUGUCCAUAAGAAAUCAUCAUGACAUGUCGAAUCCUCAACCACUCAGUUAGAUGUUGAUGGAUCUGCAUCACAGCUUCUGUUGAAUUCUCAUGGUUGGAGAUACUGCAAGAAUUCUGAUUCGGCACGGCCCUCAUGGAGACAAUGGAGAUGGUGUUCAGCGGUGCGCUCAGCCAGAGUUCGCCGUACGUCCGACAUUUGCUGAUUCGGCAGGGCCCUCAUGGAAACAAAUUCAGGGCGCAGAGAAACUAAUGGAGCAACCAGGAGUCCAAUCAUUUGAAGGCAGAACAUUGAACAUAUCAGUGAUCGGACACUCGAGACAACUCUUAAUGAGUUCUAGCAACCGAAGACAGAAUAUUUGUGUAGGAUGCAACAAAGUUGCAUGUCAUGAGAUUAUUGAAUACGUUGAGUAAUUUGGAAUGGAAACAUUUUUGGUUAAAUAGGAUGCUCUUGAGAUUAUUUCUCAUGCCAACAUGGCAUGCCCGAGCGAAAAAUGUGUCACCCUUUGACAGGACCAUGCCUUGUUAGAGGAGGUUUCUGGUUGGAUAAAUGAGAAGGCCAUGAUGCCUAUUUGGGCUAAGAUGACUCCUAACAUUGCAGGUAUUACAGAUGGAACUUAAGCUUCCAUAAUGCAUUUGUUGAGUAAUUAGCAGUCACAUAUCUUCUGUGUUUUUAAUUGCUAUACGGUGUCAACAAAUAAUGAGGUUCUAAAUUAUUAUUUUUAUCA